AGAGAUUGUCUUCAUUUCGCCAUCGUUGCUAAACCCUCUGAGAGAUUUAUGCCAGAGGACCCUAACACCUGGCAGUACCGUAUAUGGAGAAUUGUCGAUUCCAGGCCUUUUGAGUAUUUUAUCAUGUUGCUGAUCGCUCUGAACACUCUUAUCCUUAUGAUGAAGGUACGUGCUUUCUAAUUCUAAUAGAGGAUCUCUCUCAAUGAUCUCUACCCUUGACAAAACUUAACUUCUUACUCUUUUCGGGACCGUGCUCUUUGUACAGUGUUCUUGUGCGGUUCAUGACUUAAUAGGAAUUUCAGCGGAUCUUAGCAUGGGUUGUUGCAAUGAAACCUCACUAAAGGCCACCGAGAAAAAAUACCACAAUAAGUUUUAGGCCAAUAAUGUUGGGAGUUGGUGGCCUACAAUGUUGCGUCCGUUUGCAAAAAGUUUCACCAGUUUCAAACUUUGCGUAAGAACUCCCAACAACAUGCAACAGGGUGUGCAAACGGACGCAACAUGUAACAUCCAACAAUAUUUGGGGGUUGUUGGUCAACAACGCUGGGUCCGUCUGCACGGAACUUAAAAUUGUCGUUCGGGUCGAGCUUCGUGUAAACGAGACUUUUACAUAACCUUUUGUUCCUUGCACGAACUGCGCGUGCAACGGACGAUUUCCCAAAACCAUGAGGCUUCGCCGGAAUGUAAUUAUUCUGGCAUUUUUUGUUAUAACAGCACAGUGGAAUUCAGGUUUCGUGUAAAGAGCUUGCGCUAGAACCUGUGAACACUAUGACCGUUAAAACACUGUUAAGGCGUAGUUGCAUGGAUACGUGGUUACUAAGGUGGAAGACGGGUAGAUGGGUAGAUAGGAAAACAACUGAGAAAAGUUAAAAUUCAGCCUAGUUCGUCAGAUCCGUGUGAACAGAGCAAAAUUAUUGAACAGAUCCGUUUAAACGCAGUGUCGGGGCAAAUUACACAGCCGGUCGAAAAAUCGGCUGUUGUCGUGUGAACACAGCCAAAACCUGCUGCUUUUUGGGCGUUCUCUUUGCCCUCGCAGACUUCACAUCUUUAAAAACUCUCGAAUAUGUCUAUUCAGUGUGGAGCAGUGGUCGUCAGUAGACAUUCGACUGUAGUCAGUACUCACAUUCAAUCUAAUAACUAAGACCGUUCAUUUUUUUUUAGGUUUACAGGGAGCCAGAGCCGUAUCGUAAGACCCUUAACAUUUUCAACACAAUAUUCACUUUCAUGUUUACCGGGGAAGCCAUAUUGAAGCUAUUUGCUUUUAGAUUGGUAAGACGUUCUCCUUUUGCUAACAGCGCUGCAAAACGCACCGCGCAUGAGCGAAAAACUCAAGCCUGAUCCGAUUACUCUGGGAUUUCCAGUUGCUUAUAUAAACCAAUUAAGAAAAGAUGAAAUUCCUGUUUUAAAAAAGUGUGAAUUUAGGUAGAAAGGUCAAGAAAAAAGUUUCUUUUAAAGACUUUUUUUUCUCUAGAUUCAGGUUUUUGCGCGAAGGGUUUUUUUUGCUUGCACUAACGCUGAGAAUGGUGACCUUUUUUACUGGCUUUCUUGCUUUUUUACUGGCUUUCUUGGGAAUGUCUGUGCGGAAAAGAAUGGCAGCUCUUAACCAAAAUGAGGACUCUUAACAAGGACCGCUAAAACCUCUGGCUGUGGUCGGCUCAAUAACUUGUUACCUUCACCGGGACAAGAGAAGAAAUGAAACAAAAGAUUAGCAGGCUAUAAAUCCUAUCGUAUGUUUAGUGUGGGUGUAAGGCCGUUAUAUCAAAAGCCCUUGUGGCAAACCUGUAACAUCACAAGGCUUUUAGUGAGUUUAUUAGUCAUGGAAAAUCAAGCAUUGCCGUCCUGAUAUUCUUUUGUGCUUAAUUAUCUCUUUAAAGAAUUACUUUCGAGACGGCUGGAACGUGUUCGAUUUUAUCAUUGUGUUGGGAAGCUUGUUGGACUUCGCCCUCACCGUAAGCUUGGUAAGCAAAACACUGAUUUAAUGCACUUGUACUUUGCACUUUUUAUUUGAUUGUCAAUGUAUUUAGCACGAAAGUACUAAUUGGGGACACUAUAUUUUACGUCUCCAACUGGAGAUGGGACCGCCAUUUUACGUGGUCAUCCGAGCCUCGCGAAGGUCUAGCCUGUUGCAGUGCAAAGGGAGUACCUUCAUUUCUCGGUUAUUUUAAGACCCUGGGUAUUGGUCCGGCCCCAGGAAUCGAACCCGCGACCUCCCGCUCUGCAAUCAACACGCUCUACCGACUGAGCUAACACUGCCGCGGCAGGGUGAUUGAUUUGUGUUUAUCUUUACUUUUUUAUGCCGGGAAUAAACGUAAAAAUGGUAGAAAAAAGCGUGGAAGUUGUGUCUACGACUUUUUUCUUUCAAGGCUUGCAUUAUACCCUUUACAUUAAGGGGGCUUUUUUUAUGUGACUUCCAUAUGUUGUGCUCAAAGCUGAACUGGAGUUAUAACCAAAUAUUCUUAGUCAUGUUAUCUCAGUCAUACUUGGAAAUGAAAAAGGAAGAUAUGAAAUUAUUCUAACAAAGGGAAAACAAAGCAUGAUCGGUUUAUAGUCAAUUUUCGACAAUACAGGUGCUUAACUUGAAAUGGUUGGCCCAAUAUUUUCAAGAUGUAAUUUGCUUCCACCAUGGCCAUCGAAAGCCAGAGAUAAACAUGUAUAGUUUAUGUAUAGCGGUGGAGUAAUUUUAAAUAAAACUGAACCAUUAUUUCAGGGUUUUUGUUGACUCAAUUUUGUUCUUAAGGUUUUGAAGUACUACUAAAGACUCGUGGCAUAGCCCCUUUGAAGUAACGAACUUACGUUUUCGAUAUCUAUUCUUACAAAAGGAUAAUCAACAGAUGCCCUUUGAUCCCAGUCUCUUCCGUUUGUUCAGGGCGGCGCGGUUGAUUAAGCUGCUGAGGCAAGGUUACACUAUUAGAAUCUUGCUUUGGACAUUUCUGCAGUCCUUCAAGGUAAAUGUUACACUUACCUUACCGUUUGUGUUUAUUAUGAAAGGCUCUUCACAGUUCACCGUUUUUCAUUGUUAACCGGCUACCGCGCUAAAUGGGAGGUGGGUGUCUGUGGUAUCUAGGGGACUUCACUAUGGCCACCCAGCCCUUAGAUAGAAUCCGUCCCAUGGCAAAUCCCAGCAACCCGGCCAUGCGCCCCCAUACCAGGCACCCGUCACACUGACGAACCAGUGGAAAGAGGCAUAGCCAUUGUUUUUAUACCAGCAACUUUGCUCCAGGCUGUCUUUCUUUAACAAAGUGUAUAAAUGGUUACUAGCAACAUCACUCACUUGGAAGAAAUUGCAGUAAAGCUGUGCAUUGGCAACAGCAAAAACAGUAGCUCUAGACACUGUCUUCAACUACAUUUUCCACGUUUUGACAAUACUGUUUUCUUCAAAGAGGAAACAACAAGCUUCCCUUUCUUACUUCCCCUAAACAAUGUUGUGCCGCUGCCCAAGUUGCCUGUGAGAAACAACAAAGGAACCAACCUUUCCUGGGUGGGGAGGGGUGCUGAUUUUUUUGGUCGCUGAAGUAAACACUAUUUGACGAAAAAUUGUAAGCUUCCGCCCAGUACGGAGUCUACGGUAAAGAGAUCGUGUCUUGAUAGCGAUCACUGAACGGAAUAGGCCAUUUCAGAGUUCCAAAAACUCUCACUUUCAAAACGAGGCUUGGUGCGAAACCUUUUUAUGUGAAAAUGAGAUUUGGCAUGAGAAUACAAAAUCAUGUUCAAAUCAGUGGCUUCGAACUUAGCCUCGCAUCGAAACAGAGGCUUGGAGCAACCUGGAAAUGGCGUAUUGGGUAAAACGAGGGUUUUAUUUCCCACAUCCCAAUAUAUCAAUUACACCUUUAAUGCCAUACUUCCACUGAAUACCACUGGAAGAAGAAAGUGAGAAAGAUGAUCCAAGUAACAACGCGUUGGGAAAAUAAUGCUAUUAAAUAGAUUUGAAUCAAGGAACGGAAAAGAUGUUCAAGUGUCGUUCAAAAUUGUCGAUUCACUGAUGUCAACCUAUGUGUUUCAUUUAGGCGUUACCAUAUGUAGGCAUGCUGAUCGGGUUGCUUUUCUUCAUUUACGCUGUCAUUGGUAUGCAGGUAUGUAAUGCAACAUUAGGAGGUCACGCAACGCAUCACGCAAAAGUGGAACCAGCGUCUUACACCCAGGGGUAGUCCAGAUUUCCUAAUGAAGAAAUGAUCUAACCUCAGGGGUACUUCAGAUAUCAGAUUAAUGGGGAUGAUCGAUCAGGGGUACUCAAGAUCAUCCGAGUGAGAGGACGCGAUUGAACCCCUGGGGUACUCAAGAUAUCCAAGUGAAGGGAUGAUCAAAGGGGGAUUGGCUUAAUUUAAAAUUCGCGAUUUCAAGAUUUUGGGAAUAAGACCAAGCCUCUGAGCAAGUGUAUACAUGUAUAUUGUUGGGGGUGUGGGAUAGCUGCUCACUUUAAAUUUCAACUUUUGGAUUUAAAUACCUGGAUGUGAUUUUUGUCCCCUAUCACUCCUCUACAUCACUGUGUAGCUGAAGUCCCUCUCCCACUAAUCCCCUUCCCCCUACUACCCCACCCCCCUCCCUCUACCACUCCCUCAUAGUACAGCGUAGUUGACCAGCCUGUGACCCGUUUUUGACCCGUUAUGGUGGCAUUGCCGUACCGUCAUUGCGUCCAUGGUAACAGGGUUUUCUACGAAACAGGUUUUGCGUCAAAGACUUAAGUGCAAACAUGACAAAUUAACGUUAACUGAACUCUUCAUGAAGGUCAGGUAGACAACAAAUACUAGUUUAUGACUAUUUGACUAUUUCUUGUCUCUGCCGUAAAAAUGAUGUAUAUUCAACCUCUGAAUAUUAUUCUGUAGAUGUUUGGUCAGAUCACCACGGAUAACGACGAACUUGGUGAGCCCUGGAGUGAGAUUAAAGCUCGAAAUAACUUCCAGUCAUUUCCCGAGGCUCUCCAAGUGCUUUUCAGGUAUCACAGUAAUUUACGAAAAAUUGUAAGAUUAUACUCUGAUCACUAUAGAACAAAACCCCUAGUAGCGUUUUGUUUCUAAACUGUUAACAGGAGCUUCAUUAGCCUGCGAGAAAGCUCUCCUAUUUGGGCAAACGAAGUGAGCCUCGCGAGAACGCGCGAGCGAGGGGCCGAGCGCGGCUUCGCCGCUCGCUCGCGCGUUUUCGCGAGACUCGCCCAAAUGGGAGAGCUUGCUCGCAGGCUAGAGCUCCAUUCUUUCAGUUCUCUUUCUAAUGAUAAAAUGACUACCAAUACCAGUGGCGGAUCUAGACCUUCAGAUAAAGGGGAUGGCCCGGUGUCUAAAUAUGGAAACGAGUUUAAAUAUAAUCUAGUAUUGCCGUGACUUAUUAUGCUUCUUGCUGAAAUUCCUUGAUAUUGUUACGUUUUCCUGUCACGCUUUCGGCCUGCCUGCACUGUAAGUCCUUGAUAUUGUGACGUUAUCUUGUCAUGCUCCUUGCCUACAUGCACUUUUGUUCCUUCGUGUUGUCACACGUUUUCUUGUCACGCUUUCUGCCUGCCUGCGCUGUAAGCCCUUGAUAUUGUGGCGUUUUCUUGUCAUGCUCCUUGCCUACAUGCACUUUUGUUCCUUCGUGUUGUCACGUUGUCUUGUCAGGCUUCCUGCCGGCGUUCACCGUCGUUUCUCGACAAUGCAACGUUAACUUUGUCACGAUAUUUGUGUAGGUUUUUUUUCCGUUGCCACGUUGGUAUUUUCGUAUUGACUUGUCACGCUUCUUGAUGUAGGUCUUUACAUUAUCGCGUAACGUACAGUAAUUUUUCGAAAAAACGCCCUGUCUAAACACGAAUUUGUAAAUAAAGCUCUCAGACAAUUUUUAUGUUAUAAAAAACUAACAUCAAGUUGCACGGCUGUCAAGAAAAAAGAAUAACAACCAUUUCUUACAAAUUAGUGGACCCGAAUAGACUGCAGCUUUAAAUAAAUACGGGAUAUACUAGGGAUAAUAAAAUUGAGAGAAUACGGUAUCGAGGUCCUUGCCCUUUCACAAGGAUCUUGAUAUCGUCAGGCCAAACUGUAACCGCUCCGGCCUCCUGUGCUUUUUUCGCUAACGUGCAACGCAUUUGCCUAUUCAUAGGUCUGCUACGGGUGAAAACUGGCAACUGAUCAUGUUAGCGUGUCAAAGCGGUGCAGUGUGUGAUCCCAGGGUGGUGGAUCCAUCAGGCACAUGUGGCAGCGCUUUCACUUACGUUUACUUCAUUUCCUUUAUCUUCUUUUGUUCUUUCCUGGUGAGUACAAAAAAUUCAAAUUUACGCUAUUACAUCAAAAACUUCAAAAAAUACAUUAGGCUGAUUUAGCAACAGGACGGGAACGUUAGUUGGCGACGGGAAAGCGCGCGGAAAGGACCAAACACGACUUCCGGUGCCCAAUUUGCCGCUCUGCCAUUGGUCAAGCCAGAUGUAUGAUUUGCGAGAGCCGUUGUGAACUGACGUUCCGUUCUGUUGCUAAAUCAGCCUAUUGUGUGCAAAGCAUUCUCCAUCACUAUGUAUAACACGGAAUUUCUCGAUGUGUACAGCAAUACUUAGAGAUAUUUCAACCCUACAUGUCACUUCCUAUAAAAUGUCUUUAAUGAUUAUAGUCAUAUGCCCUAUUCACACGUAUUCAGAUAUUUUUGAAAACAUUUUGUCUCAGUUUUAGGCCAGCAUUUCAAAAAUCUCUACUCAAAGGACCGUUUUCGAAAACCUGCAUUUUUGUUGCCUGAAAACGCCGUUUAGGUGUGGACAGAAAGCUAAAACGAAGAAAUGAUAUCCGUUUUCAAAAACGUCCGAAUAUGUGUGAACGGGGCCAUGGCAAAACAAUUAUUAUUCACACGAGAAAAUGUUAAUGGUCGUUAGGAGGAUUCAAUUUAGAGUCGCAUAUCCAUAAAAAAAAACAGUACUCGGCACUGUGUAUCACUGCUUGGUAAUGAGAACACCUUGUACAGCGUAACAAACAACAUCAGCGUCAAGGCUUAAAUAUUACACUUUUCUCAAUACUUAGUUCUACGGUAAAGUAUUGCCUAGUUCACUUCGCAUGAACUAAGCUGCAUAUGAAAGUUCAAUUUAUUACUGGCUUUAAACCGUUUAACCUGUCUUUUGACUUUGUUUUUAGCUCCUUAAUCUGUUUGUGGCUGUUAUCAUGGACAACUUUGAGUACCUUACACGUGACGAAUCCAUUCUCGGCCCACACCACCUCGACGAGUUUGUCCGCGUGUGGUCUGAGUUUGAUCCUGGAGCCACGUAAGUUGCGAGAUAUAAAUGUCUUCAUGAUAUUUGUUGUCGAUACUUUUUGUUGGUGUGCUUGUUGUUUGUGUCUUUGUUUAUUUUAUUGUUUAUCGUUUUUUUCAAUUUCCUUUUUUUUUUUUUUUCAGGGGUCGUAUAAAGCACACAGAAGUUUGUCAGUUGCUAAGACAAAUGUCUCCUCCAGUUGGAAUCGGCAAGAAAUGUCCUAAGAUCGUCGCUUACAAGGUUGGCAAGUCUCAGUUACCUGAGUGUCAUAGCUGCUAAGUUACAGAGCUAGAACAUGAUAAUUUGUUUGUUUUUGGCUGGAGGGGCGGGUUGGGAACUGUUCCAUCAAUAUUGGGGAGUCAAGUCCCUUUAAUCAACAACAAGAAGUAAGCGAGCAACUGAGAAGUAAGCAAAUAACAAAAUGAAUUGAUUUUUAGUUGUAGAAAUCCAUCUAGACUAAAUAAAAAUAAGUAAAUUCCAUGUGGCAAAAUUAAAUUAAUUUUUGGGUUUGACAGAAGGCUCAUUGACCUUGGACACCUUAUGAUGCCUACACAAAGCAAUUCUGUACAGAGUAAGGAGCGCACUGACCAUGUAGCGAUUAGUGUUAAGAACUGACUAUGGUUAUGAGGGUUGAAGCGCUGAAAAUAUUAGGCUGAUUUAGCAACAGAACGGGAACGUCAGUUGACGACGGCGCGCGCAAAUCAAACAACUGGCUUGACCAAUGGCACAGCGGCAAUUUGGGCAUCGGAAGUCGAGUUUAGUCUUUACCGCGCGCUUUCCCGUCGUCAAAUGACGUUCCCGUUCUGUUGCUAAAUCAGCCUAAUAAGGGGUAACGGACGCAUACAACCUUGAACCGGGCUAUAUGCUUCUGGGGCUAGUGAUUGCGAAAGAGUUAACUUUGAUUGAUUGUUAGGGUUGUCAUUAUAGAUUUGUAAAUUAAAGUUUACUUAACCCUGCGCUUUUUUUUUCAGCGCCUGAUUAAGAUGAACAUGCCGCUGUACCCAGAUAACACGGUCACAUUUACGGCUACUCUAUUUGCCCUGGUGCGGACUUCACUCAAGAUAAUGACUGAGAAAAGUAAGAUUGUUGUCUGUCUUUCUGAUUGUUUCUGUUUUGCGUUACACAUAGGCUGUGAACUGAGAUGUUUUGGUUGGCUCAUUGGUUUGACUUGGGUCUCGCGACUUUCUUCGCUAAAAAAAGGUCGACAUUUGGACUGCUCUGCUCGGACGUAAGAGCUAAAUUCGUGCACGUAAUUGUCUUUUUAAGCUAAAUGAUUUGACCUAUGCAAACGGUCUUAUCACCAACUGACAUAAUGCAAAAUAUUGAAAGAACCCUGUGCAGCACCAAGAAAAACCUGCCCAAGACGGACAGCAUCUACGAAAUUCAGACCAGGGACAAUUUUUAAAAUUCUUCUUUCUUUUCAGAUAAUCUUAAGGAAAACGAUAAGGAAUUGAGAGCCAUGUUGAAAAGAGUCUGGCCGAAACUCACAAAGAAGACCUUGGACAGAGUUGUUCCAAAACCUCCAAGUCUCAUAAACAAUGGUAAGAAUCAAUAAAAAAUUUUGAAACUUUGAGAGCAGGGAAAGACAUUAUGCGUAUGAGCGAUACUGCUUGUUUUUCCUACGGGUUCCAGUUGUUCAAAAGGUAAAUAGCGGUAUCGGCUUGAUAAAUCUCUACGUAGUGGAUAGCGCAGUCAGUUUCCUGACUUUUAUCCAGUGGAUAGCGCUGUCCAGCUUUGUAAAACUCUGGGGCUUGGUCAACGGAGCGGCAUGUGGGAACUGAGAAUGCGCCUGGUACUAAACUCUUUGUUACUCCGCUGUAGGGGUCUCAAUUUGCUAUCUUGAAUGAGCCCGAACCGAAGCGCAGCCAAUCGAUUUACUCCAACGGAAAGACUUGAAUAUUUACUAAGAAGUGCAUAUGGUUUAUUGACCCUUGUUCGGACUUUCAUGGUUAAUUUUGCAAUUUUUGAAUGGAUGUAUCUCUGUCAAUGUUGACCUGAUAAACACCAAACUUGAGAAUUGUGGAAAACUCGGUGUGGUCUAACACUUAACAGUGUGGGUCUUGUGUUGAUAGUCCCAUAAUACUCGGACUCAUACCCAAUCCCCCCAAGAUAUGAAGUCCUGCAAUGUCAAGUAAUUCUCUCGUGUGCUAUGAUGAUACUUCAGGUCAAGUUAACUGUGUCGUCAUGGACUUUGACUAAAUGUCGGGGGUUGCGGGUCGCGAGUGAAAGUCACUGGUGCCAGCCAGUGCGGGUAAACGUUUUGGGUAACACAGCGUGCAUAACAGGCACUUUAUGAGCCAAGCGAGGCGAACGCGGCAUUUUGCUCGUCUCGCGCUACGCGUGAAAUUGCCCCGUUCGCCUCGCUUGGCUCAUAAAGCGCCUGUUAUGCAGACUAUCGGUAACAACAAAUUACCAAACCAAGGAUAAAAUACCAAAAAAGUACACGUUCUACUUACAUCAUGCUCAUGCUUGGUAUAUCGUUUUCACGUCAGCAACUAUGAUCAUUUCUUGUAACAAAAAAAAGAAUUUACAUGCGAAAUUAGUCCAAUCCCGACAGAAAUUUUUGGUACACCAACAUGGCCGCCGAGUUAUUGUUUUGUACACCAAUAUGGCCUCCGUGACGUCAUGUGAAAAUGAUCUGUUGAGAUGUAAUGCAUGCGACUUCAUGUAGUCAUGUUUAUUAUAUAUUUCUUUUAAAGAGGUAAUAAUUUUUACAAUAUUUCAUUUUCCAGCAAAUCAAGCGAAUCAGCAGCCGCAAAUGACCGUGGGAAAAAUAUAUUGUGCGAAAUUAAUUUACGAAAACUACAAGUUUAUGAGGCGGAAAGGAGAG